GGAUGUGUGUUUGCUUCGGCGAGAUUCCAUUACACAAGUGGCUGAUCGAAUCUUGUGUUAGAAUUGUCUCAUAAACUAGUAACUAUAUGUGAAGCUUAUAAUAACGGAGGUAGAUACCAUUAGUCAUUUCUUCAAUAAGUGAUGCUUAGAAAUAUCCCCUUACCUAGCCUAGAAGAGCAAGCUCAGCACUUCGUAUAUUGAUAUGUUGUACGAGGACCUCGGUAUAUAAAGACAAAGAGGCCCCCUUACUGAAGACACAACAUCCAUUUACCUCAUCUCAUAACCUCAAACAACUACAACAACUACACCGACUCUUAUAACCCUAACAGAAACACCGGAUUCAUCAUAUACAUAUAACAUCAACAUGACCACCAUUACGAAAGUUGCCGUUGCCGGGGCCAAAGGUACCCUUGGAGAAUUUGUGUUGGAAGCUAUCAUAAACGCCGGCUUCCAAGUAACCGUCUUGAGCCGCAAAGAAAGCACCCAGACUUUCCCGUCAACUGUUACUGUCAAGCACGUCGACUACAGUUCCGUUGACUCCCUAACCGAGGCCCUGCAAGGCCAAGAUGCCGUCGUAUCCACCAUCGGAGGCCACGGACUGUCACAGCAGAUCCCGCUGGUCGAAGCUGCCGCUAAAGCCGGCGUCAAGCGGUUCCUCCCGUCCGAGUUCGGCUCCAACACCUUCAACGAGAACGCCUCGCAACUCCCCGCGUAUCAGCAAAAGGUCGAGGUGCAGAAGGCUCUGGCCAAGGCAGCUAGCGAGAGCGGCCUGACGUGGACAGCCGUCAUGUGCGGCCCCUUCUUCGACUGGGGAAUCGAGACCGGGUUCCUCGCGAACCCCAAGACCCGUACCCUCGAGCUGCCCGACGGCGGCGAGAACAAGUUCUCGGCCAGCACGCUAACAACCGUCGGGAAAGCCGUCGUCGCCGUGCUCAAGAACCCCGAGCAGACCAAGAACCGCCAGGUCUUCGUGCAGGACCUCGCGCUGACGCAGAAGGAGCUCGCGGCGCUGCUGAAGAAGGCCGUGGGCGCGGAAGGGUGGACGGAGACGGUGACGUCGAUCCAGGAGAAGAUCCAGGAAGGGUACGAGGAGAUCAAGAAGGAGAACGGGAACUUCUGGGUCUUCCUGUUUGCGAGUCUCAGGGCGGCGAUCUGGGGCGCGGGGUACGGCGGCCACUUCGAGAAGCUGGAUAAUGAGCUCUUGGGCAUCAAGCAGCUUACCCCUGAUGAGGUCGAGGAGGUGGUUAAGAAGAGUGUGGCGAAGGCACAGGCGACGCUGUAGGGGCGAUUAUGGAUGGCAGAUAGAUAAUAGAUGAGGUCGUCCAGGCAUGAUGAAUAUAGCGUUAAACACUUAUUGACCACGUUUUUUACUGAGCUUUGAUUCAUAUCAGGAAUAGGUCACGUCAGUGGAAUUCACAAAUGAGAUCG